UCAAUAGCAUUACAGACUGCAGCAAACACAUCUCAUGCAAAAGGCAGAAGAGCAGAGAGGAGAAAACUUUAGAGAAGAGAAAGAGGAAAUACAGUGAUUGAGAGAAAACUAUGCUGCUUGAGGAAGAGCAGACAUAAACUGACAAUUGAAUACAUCAGGAAUUACAUAAGCAACAUGUCUCGGUCACCAGGAAGAAAGCCGGAGAACCACAAAAUAAGCAGAGAACUUUUUGUACUCACAUAUGGGGCUUUGGUAGCCCAGCUGUGCAAGGACUAUGAAAAUGAUGAAGACGUCAACACCUGUUUAGAUAGAAUGGGAUACAGCAUUGGUGUAAGGCUGAUUGAUGACUUUUUAGCUCAUUCAGCUGUUAAAAAAUGCCGCAGUUAUUCUGAAACUGCAGACAUGAUUGCACAGGUUGCUUUCAAGACGUACCUUGGGGUCACCCCUAGUGUGAGUUGCAGUAGUGCUGCAGGAAAUGAAUUCUCCUUAAUCCUGGACAAAAACCCACUAGUGGACUUCGUGGAGGAGCUGCCAGCAGAACGAGCAUCACUUUGCUACUGUAACCUCCUCUGUGGGGUGAUUAGAGGUGCCUUGGAAAUGGUUCACCUAGAAGCAGAUGUCACGUUCCUCCAGGACAGGCUGAAGGGUGAUGCUGUGACAGAAAUAGGAAUUACAUUUUUAAGGAAACCUGAAGGCAGAAAGCACAAAAGGAAUAAAUGAAAGAAAUAUUGGGAGAAA